AUGGCCGCCCUCAUCAACACAGACGACGAGAUGGCNCCCUCGUUGCAGAACAUCCUCGACCAAAAGUCGCUGCGCUGGAUCUUUGUCGGCGGUAAGGGUGGUGUCGGAAAGACAACAACCUCUUGUUCCCUGGCCAUCCAGCUCGCAAAGCACCGCAAGAACGUCCUCCUUAUCUCGACCGACCCUGCACACAACUUGUCCGAUGCCUUCAACCAAAAGUUCGGAAAGGACGCCCGUCUGGUCAAUGGCUUCGACAACCUGAGCGCCAUGGAGAUUGACCCCAACGGAUCCAUCACCGAUAUGCUCAAUGCUGGUGGUGAGGAGGCUCAGGACGCCAUGUCUGGUCUGGGUGGUAUGGGCAACAUGAUGCAGGACCUUGCUUUCAGCAUUCCUGGUGUCGAUGAGGCCAUGUCUUUCGCCGAAGUCCUUAAGCAAGUCAAGUCACUCAGCUACGAAGUCAUCAUCUUUGACACUGCACCCACCGGACACACCCUCCGCUUCCUCCAAUUCCCCACCGUCAUGGAGAAGGCCCUCGGCAAGAUCUCUCAACUCUCUGGCCAGUUCGGUCCCAUGCUGAACGGCAUCCUCGGCGCCCGCGGUGGUCUCCCCAACGGCCAAAACCUCGACGACAUCAUUAAGAAGAUGGAGGACCUGCGCGCUACUAUCGGCGAAGUCAACACUCAGUUCAAGAAUGCCGACCUCACCACCUUUGUCUGUGUGUGCAUUCCUGAGUUCUUGUCAUUGUACGAGACGGAGAGAAUGAUUCAGGAGUUGAACAGCUAUGAGAUUGACACACAUGCUAUUGUUGUCAACCAGCUGUUGUUCCCCAAGGAGGAUAACCCUUGCGAACAGUGCAAUGCCAGAAGAAAGAUGCANAAGAAGUACCUCGAGCAAAUCGAGGAUCUGUACGAUGAAUUCAACGUCGUCAAGAUGCCUCUGCUCGUCGAGGAGGUUAGAGGAAAGGAGAAGCUUGAGAAUGAGAUGCUCGUUACCCCUUUCCAACCCCCCUCAAUAGACGCUCAGGGCUACUAG